UGCUGUUAAAAUUAUAAAUGUUAACACAUGUUGUUGUUCAACUGUUAUUAACGUGAGUGUUCUUUUGUUGUUGUUUGUUUCCUCUAUCAGGAGGUCUUGCUGAAGAGAGCAGCUGACCUUGUUGAAGCCCUCUAUGGAAUGCCUCACAACAACCAGGAGAUCAUCCUGAAGAGGGCGGCCGACAUCGCCGAGGCGCUCUACAGCGUUCCCCGCAACCACAACCAGAUCCCGUCGCUCGCCAACACUGCCUCCCACGGCAUGAUGGGAGUGAACUCCUUCAGCAGCCAGCUGGCCGUCAACGUGUCCGAGGCCCAGGGCAACGACCAAGGUGGGCACGGACGCUACAGCCGGAACACCAGCAGCGUGUCCCCCCGAGGGUACAUCUCCAGCACCACCCCGCAGCAGUCCAGCUACAACACCGUCAGCAACAGCAUGAACGGCUACGGCAACGCUGGCAUGAACCUCGGGGUCCCCAGCUCCCCGGGCUUCCUCAAUGGCUCCUCCGCCAACUCCCCGUAUGGAAUUAAACAAAAGAGCGCCUUCGCUCCUGUGGUCCGACCUCAGGCAUCCCCCCCCCCCUCCUGCACCAGUGCCAACGGCAACGGACUGCAAGGUGAGCAUCCCUCACCCCCCCAUCCUUUCCCUACGGACUACUGGUCAGACACCGCAGCUCAGGCCUCAGUCCGGUUCGCUAUGUCCGGCCUGGUUGUGCCCCCUAUGUAAAUAAAUGCACUUUUAGAAAAAAAAAAUCUCAAGCACCAAUCGACUCACUACCACUUCCCUGGACUGUCCCUUGUAGCACCCAGCAGCAAUGCUGGUGCAUUGUAUAGUAAGCAGCAUAUUGUCUUUUUAACAUGAAGGAAGAAGAAAAGGAAAAAAACAAAACGUUUUUUUUUUUUAAGGACUUGGACUUAAAACACGGAAGGAUUUCUCACUAUGGAUAUUUUUUUUGUCUGAGGGAAUUUUUUUGUCUUUCUUUUUUUUGUCUUUAUUUGAUCAACAGUGAAGAGGACACGAGACAAGUGUUUAUUUUAUAUACCUGGUGGUUGAGGUUUGACCUUGGCUACGGCUAGAGAUCAAUUCAGCCAUUCAUUCAGUACUGGAAGAUACUCUGUGGACUCACCAUUCGGUUGUAUAGUAAAAAAAAAAAUAACUGAUGUAUUGUACAGUACGUUUGAACUUAUUUGCCUCAGAAAUUGUUUUAUGUUUCAACUCUCUUUGAAUAGAUUCACAGUUGUGUGUCUUUAUAAUGUGAUUUUUUUGUAUUUUUAUGUGUGAGAAAAAUAACCAAGGGCCAAGUUUGAAUUUCAACUGGAAAAAUAUAUGGAAUAUAUAAUGUAGAAAAACCGAUCACAAAUUACAACAAAUACACGUUAAGGGGUAGGGAAGCUGGGCGGGUAAGUUUGUAUCAUGUUUCAUUCCUGCAUUUUAAAUUAAAUUUUGUAAUUUAUUGUAGCUAGAACUCAUCUUCAAAAAAAAAAGAAAAAAAAAGAAAAACAAACAAAAUACAAAUGAAAAAAAAAUCUCUUUGAGUCAACAAAGCACACUGAUGUGUAUAAAACACUUUGCUGUGUUGAUAAAACCGAUGUACUUCUACGUCUAGAGCUUCCUUUUAAGCAAGUGUGUUUUGUCAUGUUUUCCACUUUUUUGCUAGCACUGUAUAUUAAUGCAUUCCUAGGCUACUGUGAAGUUUCUUGUUGACAGAGGUCGCAGCCUCCUCCUCUUCCUCCUCCUCCUCGCUCCAAAAUCCCGUAUGUGUUUUCUAUGUGGUUAUAAAAAUUGUAGACUAUUGUGAUAUUGCCAAACUUGUGCUAAAUAUUUAUACAUCUGUCCUUUUUCCAUGUUCUUUUAGAAAUCGACAAAACUUUGAAAAAACGUAAAAUUGAAAUCCAUUUCAGAUUGUAGGUUUAUGGUAGCUCAUCGUCAUCUUUGCGUUCCAAUACACACUUGCGCUCACUGAGGGAAAUUUUGUAACAUAUCAACUAUAAAUAAUGUAUUUAUCUCCGAAAUUUUGUAUAUUGCUUUUCAUUAUGUAUGUAUUAAUCGUCAUGCCCUUGGUAUAGUGAUGCAGCACAGAUACUCCAGCCAAGAACUGUUGCCUUCAUUUCGUUUUGUUUUCCCUUUUUUGUAUUUGAUGAACUGCAAUGUCCAUAUAUUUCACGUGUAUCCUCGAAAAAACUACUUGUUUCACUCUGUCAAGACUCUCUGUCCAAUUUUGAAAAAAAAGGGGUGGGGGGGAAGUCAAACUUCAUUGUUUAUUUUUAUAUUGAUUUUAAAUUAUCUAUACAGGCCAUUUUGGAGAAAAAAAACUUUGUUGGUUGUAUUGUCAAAUAAAUUGUUUGUGACCCAUAUGAUAGUUGUUAAGAUCCAAUAGACUAAUGUGCAUGAGGGAAACAACCUUGGAGGGGAACAUGAACUCACUCCCAUCUGUGGUUGUAAAAUCUUUCUGUUUUUGUAGACUUGUAUGGAGGCCAUUUUUACUCACCAAGUAUGACUCUGCCACAAUAGCUUAACAUGUGUUUACAGGGAAAGAAAACGUCAAAAAAUGCCACAGUUUGGAAUGAAACCCAGAAAUGAAUAAGUGAUGUUUUAUUAAAAGUUUUCAGUAAAAAACAACAACACACACACUAGUUCCUCUCGAAUGUGGAAUUCUUGCUGGCUGAAAAACUGGCAACAAAAGAGAAAGCAAAGCCUGAAUCACGACACGGACGACGAAGAAGGAUUAGCCAGUGAUUUGUCUAACGGUAGUAGUGUUUAGACUUUACCACAUUACUGUUACUGCAACCUAACGGACGUGUAAUACCCAUUAAAAGUUGAGAUUUCUCUUA